GGUCGCUGAAAAGUUCCACACUGCUAAGGCGGCGUGCUGAGCAGUGUGGACCUAGCGUUCAGCCUUCGACAGACAGCAUUUCUUUAUAUCGUUUUUGACGCUUUAUUUUGUUUGCAUAUAACCAACACAAUCAUCUGUCUUCCUUUUAACUUACAGCCAUUUUUCAAACAAGAUUUUUGCUCGUGCAUCUUCGUUAGCAUCUGGCCAGCGUGUGUUUCACGUGGGCAAGCAUUGCGGAACUGAAGCAUCGAUCAGACCAAAAAGCUGAUUAUUGCUUCCCAUAAUCGAAUCUAAGACUGCGUUGAUUCUGUACAAUUACAGUACUGACAAUUUUUAUAAAAAAAUGGCAACCCUGGUUUUAGAAGAUGGGACCACGUUCAAGGGCCGCCUUUUCGGGGCAAAUGCGUCAGUGUCUGGUGAAGUUGUGUUCCAGACAGGCAUGGUUGGCUACCCAGAGGCCCUGACUGACCCGUCCUACACGUGUCAGAUCCUCACCCUCACCUACCCUCUGCAGGGCAACUAUGGUAUACCCCAGGAUGAGGAGGGCGACUUUGGACUCAGCAAGUGGUUUGAGUCUUCUAAGAUCCACGCUGCAGCCCUCAUCGUAGGAGAGAUCUCCCAGAACCCCAGCCACUGGAGCUCAGCCAUGUCUCUGCACCAGUGGCUGAAAGAGCAGGGCAUCCCCGGCCUAGAGGGAGUUGACACCCGUUGUCUGACCAAGAAGAUCCGUGAGAAGGGAACAAUGCUGGGGAAGCUGGUUGUGGAUGGAACGCCUGAGGCCAACGUUCCAUUUGACAACCCUGACCAGAGGAACCUGGUCAAGGAGGUGUCCGUGAAGGAGCCCCGGGUGUUCAACCCCAGUGGUGCUGUCAGAAUCACAGCUGUAGACUGUGGCAUUAAGUACAACCAGAUCCGCUGCCUGUGUCAGAGAGGGGCCUGUGUCACCGUGGUGCCCUGGGAUCACCCACUGGACAGCACAGAGUUUGAUGGGCUGUUCAUCAGCAACGGCCCUGGGGACCCCCAGUUCUGUAAGGAGACCAUAGACAAUGUAAGGAAGGUGGUGUGUGUGGACAAUCCCAAGCCUGUGUUUGGUAUCUGCCUGGGCCACCAGCUUCUCUCCCUCGUCAUCGGAGCAAAAACCUACAAAAUGAAGUAUGGGAACCGUGGCCAUAACCAGCCCUGUAUCCACAAGGGCACAGAUCGCUGUUUCAUCACAUCUCAGAACCAUGGUUUUGCUGUGGAUCCCCUGACCCUGCCACAGGGCUGGGAUGUGCUCUUCACCAACGCCAAUGACCAGACCAGUGAGGGCAUCGUGCACAACACCAAACACCUAUUCAGUGUCCAGUUCCACCCAGAGCACAUGGCAGGCCCCACUGACCUGGUCAGUCUGUUUGAUGUGUUUCUGGACACGGUCAGAGACCACAAGGAGGGCAAGAGUGGCAAACCAGUGAAGCAGAGACUGACAGAGCACCUGACCUAUCCUGGGUCUACCAAUCCGGAGGAAUUUGUUCGGCCACGCAAAGUCCUAAUCCUGGGUUCUGGAGGCCUCUCCAUCGGACAGGCUGGGGAGUUUGAUUACUCUGGCUCUCAGGCCAUAAAAGCAUUGAAGGAGGAGAACAUUCAGACAGUGCUCAUCAACCCCAACAUCGCCACGGUUCAAACCUCCAAGGGUCUGGCUGACAAGGUUUACUUCCUGCCUCUCACCCCAGAGUACGUCACUCAGGUGAUAAAGAAUGAGCGUCCAGACGGGGUCCUCCUGACCUUCGGGGGGCAGACUGCUCUAAACUGCGGGGUGCAGCUGACCAAGAGGGGGGUCCUGGAGAAGUAUGCUGUGCGUGUGCUGGGGACGCCAGUGGCCUCCAUCGAGAUGACUGAGGACAGGAAGAUCUUUGUGGAGAAGAUGGAGGAGAUCAAUGAACACGUAGCGCCCAGCGAGGCCGCUCUGUCUGUGGAGCAGGCGGUGGCGGCUGCAGAGCGUAUUGGCUACCCAGUCAUGGUGCGCUCGGCCUUUGCCCUUGGCGGAUUGGGCUCUGGCUUUGCCAACAACAGGGAGGAGUUGACCUCUCUGGUGACAUCUGCCUUCGCCCACACUUCCCAGGUCCUAGUGGACAAGUCCCUGAAGGGCUGGAAAGAGAUUGAGUAUGAGGUGGUCAGAGACGCCUACGACAACUGUAUCACCGUAUGUAACAUGGAGAACAUUGACCCUCUGGGUAUCCACACCGGGGAGUCCAUCGUGGUGGCGCCCAGUCAGACGCUCAACGACUAUGAGUACAACAUGUUGAGGAACACCGCCAUAAAGGUCAUCAGACACCUAGGCAUCGUUGGAGAGUGUAACAUCCAGUACGCCCUCAACCCUGAGUCUGAACAGUACUACAUCAUUGAGGUGAAUGCCCGUCUAUCUCGGAGCUCAGCUCUGGCCAGUAAAGCUACAGGAUAUCCCCUGGCCUACGUGGCCGCCAAGCUGUGUCUGGGCAUCCCGCUACCUGUCCUCAAGAACUCUGUGACCAACCAGACCACGGCUAACUUUGAGCCCAGUCUUGACUACUGUGUGGUGAAGGUCCCUCGCUGGGAUCUCAGCAAGUUCCUGCGAGUCAGCACCAAGAUAGGCAGCUCCAUGAAGAGCGUGGGAGAAGUGAUGGCCAUCGGCCGCAGCUUUGAGGAGGCCUUCCAGAAGGCUCUGCGGAUGGUGGAUGAGAACUGUGUGGGCUUUGACCACACCAUCAAACCAGUGUCUGACGAGGAGCUGCAGACCCCGACAGACAAGCGUAUCUUUGUUCUGGCGGCUGCUCUCAGGGCAGGUUAUACAGUGGACCGCCUUUACGACCUGACCAAGAUCGACCGCUGGUUCCUUCACAAGAUGAAGAACAUCGCGGACCAUGAGAAGGUGCUGGAGUCGUACAACCAGGACGAGAGCACCAUGCCUCUGGGGGUGAUGAGGAAAGCCAAGCAGCUGGGCUUCUCAGACAAACAGAUCGCCCUGGCUGUGCAGAGCACGGAGCUGGCGGUGAGGAAGCUGCGUCGUGAUUGGAGCAUCCUGCCAGUGGUGAAGCAGAUCGACACGGUGGCGGCGGAGUGGCCUGCCCACACCAACUACCUGUACCUGACCUAUAAUGGUACGGAGAGCGACCUGGGCUUUGGAGAUCCCCAUGUCAUAGUAAUCGGCUCCGGGGUUUACCGCAUCGGCAGCAGUGUGGAGUUUGACUGGUGCGCUGUGGGCUGCAUCAUGGAACUCAGGAAGAUGGGCUAUAAAACUAUCAUGGUGAACUAUAACCCAGAGACUGUCAGCACAGACUAUGACAUGUGCGACCGGCUCUACUUCGAUGAGAUCUCCUUUGAGGUUGUGAUGGACAUCUAUGAGAUGGAGAACCCAGAGGGAGUGAUCCUGUCCAUGGGGGGCCAGCUGCCCAACAACAUCGCCAUGUCCCUCCACAGGCAGCAGUGUCGUAUAUUGGGCACCUCCCCGGAGUUCAUCGAUUCUGCUGAGAACAGGUUCAAGUUCUCCCGCAUGCUGGACACCAUCGGCAUCAGCCAGCCCCUGUGGAAGGAACUCACUGAGAUUGAGUCAGCCAUGAAGUUCUGUGAGACUGUGGGCUACCCCUGCCUGGUGCGUCCCUCCUACGUGCUGAGUGGAGCGGCCAUGAACGUGGCGUACACAGACAGCGACCUGGAGAAGUACCUUAGCAGCGCUGUGGCCGUGUCCAAGGAAUACCCCGUGGUCAUCUCCAAGUUCAUCCAGGAGGCCAAGGAGAUAGAUGUGGACGCGGUGGCGUGCGACGGCGUGGUGAUGGCCAUCGCCGUGUCGGAACAUGUGGAGAACGCCGGGGUGCACUCUGGGGACGCCACCCUGGUCACACCCCCCCAGGACAUCAACCAGAAGACCAUGGAGCGUAUUAAGAUGAUUGUCCAUGCCAUUGGACAGGAACUGCAGGUCACCGGGCCCUUCAACCUGCAACUCAUCGCUAAGGAUGACCAGCUGAAGGUGAUCGAGUGCAACGUCCGAGUCUCCCGCUCCUUCCCGUUCGUCUCAAAAACUCUGGGAGUGGAUCUGGUCGCCCUGGCAACGCGCGUCAUCAUGGGAGAUAAGAUGGAGCCCGUGGGCCUGAUGAAAGGAGUGGGCAUCGUGGGCGUCAAGGUCCCCCAGUUUUCGUUCUCUCGUCUGGCCGGGGCUGACGUGGUGCUGGGGGUAGAGAUGACCAGUACUGGGGAGGUGGCCUGCUUUGGAGAGAACAGAUAUGAGGCCUAUCUGAAGGCCAUGCUCAGCACAGGCUUCAAGAUCCCCAAGAAGAACAUUCUGCUCUCAAUUGGCAGUUACAAGAACAAGAGUGAGCUGCUGCCUACUGUUCAGGCUCUGGAGAGUCUGGGCUAUGAUCUGUAUGCCAGCCUGGGGACCGCUGACUUCUACACUGAGCAUGGAGUCAAGGUGAUGGCGGUGGACUGGCCAUUUGGGGAGGAGGAGAGCGACUGCCCCAACAAGGACAAGCAGAGGAACAUUUUGGAAUACCUGGAGGACCACCACUUUGACAUGGUUAUCAACCUCUCUAUGAGGAACUCCGGAGGCCGACGCCUUUCCUCCUUCGUCACCAAGGGUUACCGCACCCGCCGCAUGGCCAUCGACUACUCCGUGCCCCUCAUCAUUGACAUAAAGUGCACCAAGCUGUUUGUCCAGGCGCUGCGUCUGGUUGGCUGCUUCCCGCCUGUCAAGACUCACGUGGACUGUAUGACGUCACAGAAGUUGAUUCGCCUGCCUGGUCUGAUAGAUGUACACGUCCACCUGCGGGAGCCGGGUGCCACCCACAAGGAGGACUUCUCCUCGGGCACAGCGGCUGCCCUGGCAGGGGGCGUCACCAUGGUGUGUGCCAUGCCCAACACGGCACCUGCCAUAAUCGACCCCAGCUCCUUCGCCAUGUUCCAGAAGCUUGCCAAGGCAGGGUGUCGCUGUGACUAUGCUCUUUACGUCGGGGCGGCUUCAGACAACUCCACCAUCUUGCCCUCCAUCGCUAACUCCGCCGCAGGGCUGAAGAUGUAUCUGAACGACACCUACUCCACUCUGAAGAUGGACAACGUCUCAAUGUGGAUGGAGCACUUUGAGAAGUGGCCCAAGCACCUGCCAAUCGUGGCUCACGCAGAGAAGCAGACUGUGGCAGCCAUCUUGAUGGUUGCCCAGCUGUUCCAGAGAGCUGUUCAUAUCUGCCAUGUGGCCAAGAAGGAGGAGAUCAUGGUCAUCCGCGCGGCCAAGCAGAAUGGCAUCCAGGUGACAUGUGAGGUGGCGCCCCACCACCUCUUCCUGUGUGAGGAGAACGUGGCGGACAUUGGGGAAGGCCGGGCACAGGUACGCCCCAUGCUGGGCACCCGGGAGGACAUGGAGGCCCUCUGGGAACAACUGGACAUCAUUGACUGCUUCGCAACUGACCACGCCCCCCAUUCAGUGGAGGAGAAGAAUUCAGAGAAGCCCCCCCCAGGUUACCCCGGCCUGGAGACCAUGCUGCCCCUUCUCCUCACCGCAGUCAGCGAUGGGCGCCUCACCAUCGACGAUAUCAUCAAGCGCCUGUAUGACAACCCCCGCAAAAUUUUCUCCCUGCCCGCACAGGACAACACCUAUGUAGAGGUGGACAUGGAGCAGGAGUGGGUCAUCCCCAAACACAUGCAGUUCACCAAGUCCAAGUGGACGCCCUUUGAAGGCAUGAAGGUGAAAGGCAAGGUCCGCAGAGUGGUGCUCAGAGGAGAGGUGGCCUACAUCGACGGACAGGUGCUGGUCCCUCCUGGCUAUGGGGAGGAUGUGAAGACUUGGCCUGCACCCAUCCCCAUCCUCCAGCCCCCUGAGCCAGUGAAAGAAGUCCCAAAGCAAGCAUUGGCCGUGGCGCUAACUAAGGCUGUUGUGUGGCAGACCCCAGAGCACCCCCGGCUGACCCCUCCGUGUGAGGGCAUCCGUACAUGCGCCCCGAGCCCUCGCCGUUCCACUGGGGAUGGCCGCUACAUGCUCCCGCCCCGCGUUCAUAGGUCCUCCGACCCAGGCAUACCCCCAGCAGCUGAAGAUUCAAGGGAGAGAGCAUUAGAAGAAGGUUUAAGAGAAGAGAUGGCCCCUGCAGCUGGGGACAGCUACAGCCAUCCCCCUCCCCUGGCCAGGAUCCUGUCCCCCCGGGCUGAGGUAGUGGCAGGGCAGACCCUGGCCCACCUCCAGACCUCCCCCCUGCUGCACCCCCUAGUGGGACAACACGUCCUCUCUGUCAGGCAGUUCAGCAAGGAACAGAUCUCUCACAUGUUUAACGUGGCCCAUACUCUUCGCCUGAUGGUUCAGAAAGAGAGAAGCCUGGAUAUCCUGAAGGGUAAGGUGAUGGCGUCCAUGUUCUACGAGGUCAGCACGCGCACCAGCAGUUCAUUUGCGGCCGCCAUGCAGCGUUUGGGCGGCUCCGUGGUCCAUUUCUGUGAGGCAACCUCCUCGUCGCAGAAGGGGGAGUCUCUGGCCGACUCGGUCCAGACCAUGAGCUGCUACGCUGACGUCCUGGUGCUGCGACACCCCAUGCCAGGGGCCGUAGAGUCUGCAGCGAGGCACUGCCGGAAGCCAGUGAUCAACGCUGGGGAUGGGGUCGGGGAACACCCUACUCAGGCCCUGCUGGAUGUGUUCACCAUCAGAGAGGAGCUGGGCACGGUCAACGGCAUGACGAUCACCAUGGUAGGGGACCUGAAGCAUGGCCGCACAGUGCAUUCCCUGGCCAGGCUGCUCACCCAGUACAGGAUCACUCUGCGCUACGUCGCCCCAAAGAACCUCCACAUGCCCUCCGAGAUCAUUGACUUUGUGGCCUCCAAAGGCAUCAAGCAGGAAGAGUUUGAGAGCAUCGAGGAGGCCCUGCCUGACACUGACGUCCUCUACAUGACCAGGAUCCAGAAGGAGAGGUUUGCCUCCGAGGAAGAGUACAAAGCAUGCUUCGGUCAGUUUAUCCUCACCCCACACAUCAUGACUGGAGCUAAGAGGAAGAUGGUGGUGAUGCAUCCUCUACCGAGAGUCAAUGAGAUCAGUGCGGAGGUGGACACUGAUCCUCGUGCUGCGUACUUCCGGCAGGCUGAGAACGGCAUGUACAUCCGCAUGGCCCUCCUGGCCACAGUGAUGGGCAGAUGAUCAGUAGAUAGUUGGACACACUCCACUGUCGAGACUGCGAGACCAAAAGGGACCAAAUGUAUUAAGGUCUCAGUAAGAGUGAGGGGGCGCUACGGGUGCUCACAAUGAUGAAACUGCUCCAAAAGUCUAUAUACAGUCACAUGUUUAGUGUGUACUCCUCUUCAACCCUGGUAUUUCACCACAUCUCAAAUCAAAUUGUAUUUGUCACAUACACGUGUUUAGCAGAUGUUAUUGCGGGUGUAGCGAAAUGCUUGUGCU